AUCGGGUUUUAGUUAUGAAUUAUGAUCGUUGACUACGAUGUUCCGAUGCAUCAGCGCAUUCGAUGCGCUGAAUUUCAGAACUCUAUAGCUUGAAAAUACGAAAUUUAAAUCUAAUAUAAAUUUUAGAACAUGUUUUAUCAUUUCGAUGGCAGUGCGUAUCCACAGCGUUGUGUUACCGAAGGCGCAAUUACUCUAUGCUAUAGAUUAGAUACCAUCACAGCAGCUGAUGUCUAUAUUAUAAUAUAGAUUAUUAUAGAGAUCUGUGGAUACCAUUAACUAAAAUACAAGUUGUAUAUAGAUCUUAUAUAUAUCUAUCUAUAUAUUAUUUAGUCCGUGCUAGAUAUUAUCUUUUUUUUAAUCGUGAAUAUGUUAUCAGUUAUCACAAUGAACACUUAUCACUGACCACUAACCGCAUUGCUAUACUCUCUGACCGGCCGAUUGUGACGUGUUUACCAUGGAAUAGAUUAAAUGAUAAUGAUUUGGUUUUGGCCCAAAAAUUCAAUUGCCGGAACGUCUCUCGUGAGUCGUGAAAGGUUAUUGUGUUCUAAGGUCAAGGUUUUUCUUCUUAUGACCUCAUGAUUGACUAAUUUUCGUACGUGGUAAAAGUAGUAUGGAAAGUAUUAACGACGAUAAAAUACAGAAGACACUCGUGACACCGGGUAUUGGUGGUCAGCCUACUUUCUCCAACGGAACAAAAGUAUCGUUUCAUUUUGUGACGCGAGUUGUUAGCACUAAUAGUGUGGUAGACGAUAGUUACAAAUGGCCCAAGCACAUGGAAAUCGUUUUGGGAAAAAAAUUCAAACUGGAAGUCUGGGAAAUUAUUUUGAAGUCAAUGCGUGAAGGAGAAAUUUCGAAAUUUAUUGUUCACAAAAGUUUGGUAGCGUCUUAUCCGUUCAUUUCCAAGACGUUGCGGGACGCUGGUCGCACGUCAAUCCCGAGCACGAGUCACUGUUGCACAGCUCAACUUCAAAAAAACGGCACUGGUUACGACGACCUCAACGAUUUACUGGCGGAUCCGGCGGAUUUGGAAUUCACUAUAGAUUUGCUGAAGAUCGAGGUUCCGGGUUCAUUCGAAAAGGAGACUUGGCUAUUGGACGAAAAUGAAAAACGAAAUACGAUUCCUGAACUCAAAGAAGCCGGUAACGAGUUAUACCACAAAGGUAAAUACAAAGAAGCUGAAGAAAAAUACAUGUUGGCUCUCGGAUUCUUGGAACAAAUCAUGAUGAAACUCAAACCUCGUGAAAAGGAAUGGGACGAAUUGAACAAAAUAAAAACUCCACUGUUACUGAAUUUGGCUCAAUGCAAGCUUAUUUCCAAGGAUUAUUACCAGGUCAUAGAACACUGUACAUCAAUUUUGGACGACGACCCGGAUAACGUCAAAGCAUUAUUCAGACGUGGAAAAGCAAAUAUAUCAGUGUGGAAAAUGAAUGAAGCCAGAGAAGAUUUAAAACAUCUUUCCACUUUGGAUCCUAGUAUGCAGGUUUCGGUCAACCGAUUGCUCUGUCAAAUUAACGAAGCAUUGAAGAUAAAAGACGACGAAGAUAGACAAAAAUUAAGGGGAAAACUAUUCUGAAAAUUGAUUUUUUUUAACAUUAAAUUAUUAUAUUAAUGUUAUAAAUAUAUAUAUUAUUUUGGACUGCAUUUUACUAGACACGUGACACUUUGAUUAUUAUCCGUGUUAUAGGUAAUAAUAAACGCAUAAUACUAAGGAUAAACCCUACAUUUUUCCAACUGUAACUAUUGUAGGUUUAUAGUUUUAUAGAGGUUGUAUAUAUUAUUAUUAUACAUCGACCUUUUAAAAUUAUUUAAAAUACCUGUAACUUCAAUGUUUCUUUUUAUAAUUAACAAAUAUUAAAAACAAAACAAUCAAUACAUUGUUUAAAAUGUUUGACAUUUGUUGUCUCAAUGUCUCAUAGAUUAGUUGUAGCAAAACUUCUCUUUCAAUUUUCGUAUUUUUUAGCCAAACUGUUAAAAUGUAAAAAUUGUUAAUUUAGUGGUGCCGUAAUAGGGUUUUUAUAUUUUAUUUUUCAAAUAUACUUGUAACCAAAUAAAGUUCAUAAUAGUGUCUUUACCUCGUAACAGAAAUCCCCUAUGUAGAGCAACUGCAUUUACAUUUACUAAAUGGUUUAAUAGGUCAUGAAUUACUCAUGAUGCUUACCUACUUUGAGAAGUUUGGCUUCAAAAUGAGAAAUGUGAAAAACAGUUUUUCUGUAGUUUCUUAUUUCUAUGACACGUCGUAAAAACUAGGUACAGCAAGGGAGAUAUAAUAUCUUGAGGGAUAUAACUGAAGUUUUCUUGCACAAUCUUAUAUUAUAUCCAUGUAGGAAAUAUAAACAUUAAAUUUAGUAAUGAAUAGGUUAAUUUAUAUUUUCUUAUAGAUUGUAUUUUCUUAUACUACAUUAUAUAAAUUUAAUAUUUUAUUAUAUAACAUUAAUUUUAAAAUAAAACACUAAAAUAUGUAUGUUUUAAGUUUGAAAUACCCGGAAGAGCCGGCCAUGUAGACGCGAGUGGGCCCAAAAUAUGAUCUUGCAGACUGAAUAGUGGUGUAUCGUAGGUACAUUUUUAUUUACAUUUCGUCUGAUAUAGGGUUUCGUAGCUUUCAUAAGAGUAAUGUAUUUGAUAUUAACUCUAACCAUGAAACGGUGAAACACUACUUAAAAAUUUGUCAAUUCCGAUUGUUAACAAUAUAAUAUAGUUUAAUUAUUUCUACACAGUUUAUAUUUAUGAUUUUGACAUAAACAGAAAAGUGA